GCUUCGUCCUCGCUCGGUCUCACUCGUUAUCUUCCGCUCGCAGUCGUUGUAGGAACAUGGCGACCGUCUCCUUACGAAAGUCAGCGUCCUUGCUGUUAUCAUCUAACAGGAGGCUCUUCCGACCAGAGCUGAAUGCGCUUUGCUGCUACCACAAGAAGGUAGUGGACCACUACGAAAACCCGAGGAAUGUGGGUUCUCUGGACAAAAACAACAAGAGUGUGGGCACGGGGCUGGUGGGUGCACCCGCCUGUGGCGAUGUUAUGAAACUUCAGAUCCAAGUGGACGAAAAUGGAAAGAUAGUGGAUGCAAAAUUCAAGACGUUUGGCUGCGGAUCAGCCAUUGCCUCCAGCUCCUUAGCAACAGAGUGGGUGAAGGGGAAGUCUGUUGAUGAAGCUCUAAAGAUAAAAAACACAGAAAUUGCCAAAGAACUCUGCCUGCCUCCAGUCAAACUCCAUUGUUCCAUGCUUGCCGAAGAUGCCAUUAAAGCAGCACUUUCAGACUACAGACUUAAACAGGACAAGGAGGAACGUGCCAAAGCCAGCAAUUAAGGGUCUUGUUCUUCAAGGGAGCCUCGUAUCCUCGAUACUGGGCUCAGGUUCAUCACGAUCAUAGUGUUUGAGGUUUUUUGGGGUGCGGGUGAUUAAAAGUGUUGAAGAUUUUGAAGUUGGGUGUCCCAGUUGAAUAUAUGACAAUGAUGGUUCUUAACUUGUAUCAAGACAGCCCACUUUCUUUUUUCUAAUUUGCAGUAAUUGCCUACAUGUGAGAACAAUGAGAUAUUUAAUAAAGCAGAAAUGUAUUGAAA